AUGUCGCUCGUAAAGCUAACUCUUCGGCCGCCCCCCAAUAUCGAGUUUGUACAAGGAUACCCUGGGAUCCCACCUGGGGCACCCGAUCGUCCCCAAGCUGCGGUCAAGGGUGCAAUUGAAGUGCGCAUCGGUCCUCAAGGUGUCAAGGCGAAAUGGGUUCGAAUAGAGCUUAAGAAGGUCGAAACGCUGCCUGGAGGUGGCGUUGGGAAUACGUAUUUCGACUUUGUUGGCCAGAGUCCCAUCAAUGUAUGGCAAUCGAGCGAGGAGUACGGGACACUGUAUACUCAAGAUUUCCCGUUCUACAUUCGAAUUCCGGAGUCAAUUCCGCCUAGCAUUGCACUGGAGAAGGGCGCUGGUAUCAAGUAUGAAUUGAUCGCUACUAUCUGCAUAAAAGGGAAGAAGGGUCUGCUUCGGCGAGACAAGCCAACCGUCAUAUCAGUCACCUCGCCCAUUAUCAUUGACAAACAUGAGCUACAUUCAACUUGGCCUGUUUAUCAGCAGCCAGAUACACGCACUCAUACUGAAGGCGGUGUGACCCUAACGGUUGACCGCUCGCGCACCUGUUACGGACCAGGCGAUCGUGUCUCUGUUUCAGCGACUGUCAGAGCUGAUACUAUCGCAUCUGGGACCUUACGUGGAUACGAGUUCACACUUCGUGAAUCCACUGUCUUUCGCGCCGGUGCACAUCUCUCAGGCAAAAAGGCUGCGCCUGUUGUCAAGGUCGCGCAUAUUGGCGAACAGAAAGUGCCGGUCAACGUGGUGCUAUCUGGUGGAGCACAACACAAAGCAGAGUUGGCGGUUACGAUACCCUCUGAUCACACGACUGCCACACUCAAUGCUGCAAGACAUAUUGAUAUCACGUAUACUCUUGUUGUGAAGGUGUUCAUGGACAACGGCCAACAUGUAACACUUGAGCUCCCACUGAUUGUCUCGAAUUGGCCGAGAAAUGUUUCUUUAGAAGCGAUGAAGCGCAUUGGGAUGGCACCGAACGUGUGCUUGCCUGGACAAUCGGGGGCAACUCAGCAGACUACCGAAUCGGUCGUGCAGGCCAUCCCAUCACACCCAUACCCAUCACACCCGUACGCCUCCUCCGAGGCCGACAUUGUUAUCUCCCGCCGCUCGACGAGUCACUACAAUACGGCGCCGCCCGAUAAAGGUAAUGGCACUACUGGAGGGAGUAGACCGGACGAAUUCGGGGUGAAUCGCUCGGAAUCGGGGAAAGACACGAACUACGACCAGUCUUCGAUUACUGCAUCAACAGAAAAAUCAAGCAAUUAUGGCAUUCAGACCAUUGGUGGUGCUCAAGGAAUCGGCUCAUCCUCGCUUACUGCUCCAUAUGCCAGCGAGACUACUUUUGCCCGUCAACGUGCCUCAAGUGCAAGGGCCCAGGGUGCCAGAUUGACUGUUGCUAAUCUGAAUGACAAAGAAGCCCAGGAGUACACACACACAGAGCGCCAGAGUAGCAACUCACAAGCAAAUCGUCCUUCUACAGCCCAAUCAAUUGAUUCCACUGCCCGAUCGAGAUGGAUGACUGCAGAGGAGGAAAAGCGUCGGCUGUAUGAAACAGCCGUGGCCAACGUUGAGCGGACGCGCGGCAUCUCCUAUUCCACGACCACUAACCGUCCGUCUACACCCCCUGCAAAUGCGGCUAGUACCACACAGAGCUCUGCUACGGCAUCGCCUCCACAGAAUCGGUGGCCCACUGCCGAAGAAGAGAAAGCUAUGUUGUUCCACAGAGCACAAGCCGCAGUCGCGCGAGUUCAGGGCCUCGAUAAUGGGACUCCAGGUUCGCCUACGUCUUUGCACGGCAGAAGUGAUUCAACAGGCAGUCAACAAGCUCAUGUGUCCUCAUUGAAUACGUCUAUUCCGGACGGCGCAAGCAACGCAGCUGCAAGUAGUUCUUCAUCGGCUCCAAUUACGAAGCCUCAGGCGACUCAUUAUCUAUCCGCGGAAGACGAAAAGGCCGCAUUGCGCCGAUACUACGAGGCGAAGGCAGCAGUCGACCGUACCCACAGCGCUGCUUACGGUUCAGCUCCGCAAACCGCACCUUCAGCCUCUGUUCCCACAGCUUAUGACGCUCUUUACCCAUCCAACUCUAUAUCGCCGCCUACAACCGCAUCUACUGACUCACCACCACCAUUCAUUUCUUCUUCUUCUGAUUUAUCAUACUUAUCUGAAAAAGAGCGAGUACGUCGUGCUUUUGAAGCGCGCGAUGCUGCAGAGCUGGCCGUCAGGUCGCCCAGUGUACUUAAUCCUGACUCUGCUGGAUUUCAAGCUCUUAACCCAGCACUGCCACAGCCGGCUUCAUCCUCGCCUAUGCCCUCUCAGGCAAUGCCAAGCGCUUUUUCUGAGAAGGAAAUGCUUCGUCGCAAGUUUGAAACGCAGGAUGCCAUGGCUUUAGGUGCUUUAGGAGCGGGUGGCAUACCAACGCCGCCCCCACGCACAACUCGUGCCUCGCCGUCUAUCUCCGGUGGGCGUCCUAUUCCAACACCACCCCGCUCUCCACCAAUACCACCAGGAGCCGCAUUCACUGGAUCUCAAACUCUCACUGCCGCGGAGGAGAAAGCAAGACUGAAGGCGAAAUUUGAGACCGAAGAUCGGACCUUGAAGACCAACGGCAACUUGGUUGCCUCCCCCAUGCCUGCAUCGUUGUGGUCUCCCCCGACUACAAAUGGACACUACGUACAUAGUCUCCCGCCCGCAGAUAGGGUCUCGUUAGCACCUCCGCCGCUUAUGCCGCGUCCGCCGAAAGAAUAUAUUCAGGAGACCCAGGAGGAAGACCUACGUACUCACGCUCGAUUACAAGCUAUCGACAAAGAGAUCGCUAGUGUCAACCAUCCUGUCAAGAUGGACGCCGUCCUAUCGUCAUACAAUGCUGAUCCAGUGCCCCGCGGAAACCAAGUACCUCCAUGA